AGGUCAGAUGCACCGAUCGAUCCCGAGGGGAGGCGAGCAGGGACGUUUUUGAGGAGGGAGGAAAGCCAGUCUGUGCUAGGGCUGCUCGAAACUUGCACCAGGAAUCUGCAAAGUUUCGUUACAAGGUGAAAGGUCGGAAGGAUCUUGCUGCAAAACUUGCCAAGCUUCAAGAAUCUUCCAGGCAGCUUCAGGCUGAGUGUUGGCUGAGUUUCCAAUGAACAUCAGCUAAUUCGUAUUGGGUUUCAGGUGGUGACCAGCUGGGUUUUAUCCACAGCUUGGGCACUCCUGGCUGUUACACUUCAGAGUUUGGGGGUGGUUAAAAUUCAAAGCACAGCUCGAGUAGCUCAACCGAUCCUUGGCAUAACCUUGUUGGCUUAAUGAAUUUAUUCCAAAGCUGACUUUGCCCCAGAGAGCAAGGAGUGUAUACACACACAGAGAGCAAUGCCAGAACAUUUGCAUGAACUUCUCAGGCAGCUGAGCUUAGCACAGGCAGAGGUUGUAAGCAUGGAACAAGAGCUCUUGCCACUUUCCUGUAAUGACAAGGAUUCCAUAAAUUUACUUAAGAUUUGUGUCUUUAAAAAGGAUUUUGAAAGUGGAAAAAAAAACCAGUUUUGGUCAGGUUUUAAUGCUUUUUAUGACAACAUCUGUCUUAAUGGCUUGAGAGAUAUCUAACUGAACUGGUCCUUCUUUUCCUAUAUUACACAGCCCAAGUUGUCCUGUAUAGCUGAAGUCUUUAGAUUCGGGCAAAAGUACCCUUCCUGGGUAUGUUUCUGUAUAGCUGUAGUGCCACACACUGUACUGAGAUCAGAGCUGUGUUCUGCUAAGUGUAUUGUGAACACAGGACUGUAUUCUAAUUAAUUUGCUGUCUAAAUUAACAAUAGGUACAAAGGACUGAAGAAAGAAGUCCUUUCCUUCUGUUGAAGGGGUAAGGAAUACAAAGGCUUGAGGGAUAUGGCCAAAUUCUCAAGGAAAACAUGUGAAGCAGCCUGGCGCUGAGUGAAACUGCCCCAAGGCCCAGACCAGUCUCUCAACAUUCACAACUCUUUCCCCCCUCUUUCUCUGUUUGGAAAUGAAUUUAAUUAAAGUGAAUAGGAGUUGCUAAGAGACCAGAGGAGUUAUAGAGUUUGUUGCUGGGGCUGAAUUGCCAUUCUGCUUCCAAGGCUUUGCACUGAGAGGAAUGAGCCUACAUAAAGCACACCCAGCUCUAGGGAAAGUUGCUAUUUCCUCGUUGUAGUUACAGUCUGGUUACCAGUUCUUAGCGCCUUUCUUUAUUUUACUGAACUGCUUCUUUCCUCCCAGACACUGGCAAAAACUAGGUUCACCUCUUUAUAGGGUUUCUCUGCUUGUGUCCGCCCUGUAGAUUUCUCUGUGUGAUCUUUCAGGUUGGAGAUGGCAGUGGCUGAACCUGCGAUUUGUCAUGAACAAGUAUCUUUGGAAAUUAAAAGGUUGUUACAUCUAAACUCUGUCUAGUUUGUUACUUGUCAUCUUUUCCUUUGUUCUACCAUGGUUUCAGCCCAGUGUUUGCAAUGGGCCAGCUGAACUCUUCCAACUCCAUUUUUGCAGCUCAACAUUUUGGUGUGACACUCUGGCUCAUCUUGAAACACCAGGAAUCUCCAGGCAACCUCCUGGGCAAGGGUUAUUUACCUUCUGAGAUCAAGGACCAGCCCUACGCAUAAAAUGAUUAGGAAGAUAACGUAUAGCCUGGGAAGACAUGUGUACGCUGUGGUAUGUGGGACCACCCAGGUGAGAAGAUUUCUGCAUGGUGCUUAUUUCAAGAUUCAACCUUCUGUACAGGAGGCCCUGAUGGAGGGGAGAGCAGUUGUAGCCUUGGAAAGCACCAUCAUUACACAUGGCAUGGCCUACCCUCAGAAUCUGAGCAUGGCCAGAGAGGUGGAAGAAAUUGUAACAGCAAAUGGAGCAGUGCCAGCCACUGUAGGUAUUUUAAGGGGUCGAAUCCACGUGGGACUCACAGACGAGGAACUUGAGUUCUUGGCAAGCAGUAAAAAUGUUGUUAAAGUAUCUCGGAGGGAUCUUCCUUUCAUCCUCAGCCAGGGCUUGUCUGGCGGCACUACUGUGUCUGGAACCAUGAUUGCUGCACACAAAGCAGGAAUCCCAGUAUUUGUGACGGGUGGCAUAGGAGGCGUCCAUCGGGGAGGAGAGAACACUCUGGAUGUGAGUGCCGAUUUGACAGAGCUGGGACGAACUCCGGUUGCUGUUGUAUCUGCGGGAGUCAAGUCUAUCCUUGAUAUUGGCAGGACACUGGAAUAUCUGGAAACCCAGGGAGUCUGCGUGGCUGCCUUUGGAGAGUCAAAGGAGUUCCCAGCCUUCUUCUCACGCCAGAGUGGCUUCCAGGCACCGUAUCACGUCCGGAACGAAGAGGAGGCAGCUGAACUCAUUGCCAGCGCUCAGGGGCUAGGCCUGAGCAAUGGGGUGCUGAUAGCGGUGCCCUGUCCCCAAGAGCGAGCUGCCUCGGGCCAGGUCAUUGAAGAGGCCACCCAGCAAGCUCUCAGCGAAGCCAGGUCCAAAGGCAUCACCGGCAAAGAACUGACCCCUUUUAUGUUACAGAAGAUCAAUGAAUUAACCGAUGGGAAAUCGCUGGACUCCAACCUUGCUCUGAUCCAGAACAAUGCCAGAGUGGGCAGCUGCAUUGCAGUGGCCCUGAGCAGACUACAGAAAGCCAGAAGGAAGGGGAACCUGCCUCGGUGUGGGAACACAAUCACACCUCAGCCAGUGGUGAUUGGAGGUAUCAACGUUGACUUUAUAGCCAAGGCGCUGAACCCUGUCAUCCUGGGUGGUGGGCAGACAAAUGCUGGAAGAGUGAGACGAACCUUUGGCGGCGUUGGAAGAAACUUGGCAGACUGCUUAAGUCGUCUUGGGCUGACACCGCUCUUUUUAUCAGCCAUAGGGAAAGAUGAACAUUCAGAGUCUCUCCUGAACUACUGUCACCACAUGGACAUCAGCACCAUCCUGCAGCUGGAGGGUAAGAGCACAGCCACGUACUGUGCUGUGGUCACCAGUGCUGGGGAGCUCAGCGUCGGCUUGGGAGAUAUGGACAUCCACCAGCAGAUAACAGAGCAAUACGUGUCCCAGUUCAAGGAGAACCUGUGCCAGGCCCCUCUAGUUUGCAUUGAUGGAAAUGUGCCUCUUUCCACUAUUCAGUAUGUCUGCCAACUAGCUAGGGAGCAUCAGCUGGCAGUGUGCUAUGAGCCAACAGAUGAGAACAAGGCCUCUAAGCCAUUCCUCUCAGACAGCUGGAAAGCACUCACAUACAUUUCCCCCAACCUGCAAGAACUAAGAGCAAUAAAUCGGACCCUCGGGAACCCUCUGCCAGCAGAGCUGCCAUCCAGGUUGGAGGAUGUUCUCCAGACUGCAAUGGCCCUGGCUCGCCCUUUGCUGGCCCACUUGCACUGUGUGGUGGUGACCCUCGGUGCUCACGGUGUCCUCCUGUGUGGAAAGAGCCUGGGAGGGAGCAUCUCGCUUUGUCCAGGAGCUCACGAGAAGACUGCUGCCGCCAGCCUCUGUGCCACCCACUACCCCGCCAUCCACAUCAGCAGGGAGGAGAUAGUCAAUGUCUCAGGAGCCGGUGACAGCUUAAUGGCAGGAAUCCUCGCAGGAAUGCUUGCUCAACAUGACACAGAUACCUGUGUCCGGAUGGGUCUGCUUGCUGCAAGCUUGUCUCUCCGUUCCUAUGAGCCCAUUUCCCCAAACAUCAGCACCUCCAGUGUCAACCAGGAACAAGUCAAGAGCAGGAGCUGGCCAGAGGUGCAGGUAUGGAAGAUGGACUAGGGCACUGUGGCUUUCUCAUCCAUCACAUCCUCACACUUCCAGUAUUGCUGUUUCUGGGAACUGGGCUGAAUUUUGAGCUUCAACCUCAAAAGCUGGAUGCUCAACAGAGGACUUAGACUUUUGGUGUACACUGCCCUUUGGGAGGCGAAGUAUCAAUGGAGUGCAUUUAGUGACAACUUGUAUUGCACUAUUCACCCUUAUGUUUGUCUGCUGUUGUUUCCUCUCCAUUCGUUUUUUUUUGGUGGGUUACAGCAACCACAGCUUGGUUGUUCUGUCUAUUGCCUGUUGAUAGUUUAUCUCACCUCCUCCUCUAAGGAGAACACUCAUCUGUUUUGGCCUUGAGUAAACCCUCAGACUGCAGCCCAGGGAACUUCUUUCAAAAGUUCAUUUCUGGUCUUUCAGACACCUUGCUUCCAUGACCCUACAGUCCUUCCACAUUUUCUGUUGAGGGGAUUUUCCCUUCUUCCACCUUGUGUCACUGUUCUCCGUUUAUCAUGGUAGCUCCUCUGUCAUCAACUCCCAGAUCUUUAAGACCAUAUCUCUUCAGGUGGGCCCAGCAGCAACAUCCUCUCUUGCUGCUCACUCCUGGUUUCUAUCCAAGAGGUCCCAUGGACCACAACCUGUGGCAAGGUGCAGCUGGCAGGCACAUAACACUGUGGGACAACCUCAUCAGUCUUCCCAAGCCAGCCAGCAAAUGCUGCACUUCCUUGCUCUGAAGUCCAAUGCCCCUGGAGAAAGCAGGCAAGACCGAUCAAAGAGGGGUAACCAGGGGCUAUCUGGUGGCCUCUUAAGUAUGUCUGCCCCUUGUUUUGCAUAUAUUCAUCUGAACAUGGCUCUUCCUCCUCAGCCCAGAGUGUCAAAAGCAAGCACCCCACUCACCCACAUGCAGACCUCAGAGCGUUGAAACAAGCCUCUUCUCUCCAGGCCUCCAUUUCUGGCCACCCAGCAAACCACUGGCUACUUCACAGAGAAAACAUCUCACAUGUGGCCAGCUGGAGGUGAGCAUUGCGUGCUGGGACCAAAAUGUUCAGUCACACCUUCCCUUCUCUCUGGAAUGAGAAGUGUCAUGAUACCAUUACUGAAUCUCAGGCUAAGGAUUUUGUUUCCAGGGAGGACUGGACUAGAUGAUCUCCAGAGGUCACUUCCAACCCUAACCAUUCUGUGAUUCUGAGGAGGGGAAGCACAGCCCUUGUUUACAGGUGGACACUCAAGCUGCAUAGCUCAAAUGACUGCCAAGUUCACAGUGAGUCCCCACCAAAGGCAGGAUCCAAGCGGAGCUUCUGUCACCCAGUCCAGGCAAAAGCUGUGCAGUUAUCCCUCUACCUUUGAAUCUUCCAGCAGCUUUAUUAGCAAGGACAUCUACACUUAGAUCAGUUUUACACAAAUUAGGUCUGUUUUUAUACAAUUAGGUCUGUUUCACAGCUGUGGAAAUCAGCUUCUCAUUCUUCUGUUGUGUAACUUACCUUCCAGAGAUACCCCUUCUAGGUGUCUUCCACCCCCUGAGCAACUAAACUUGAGGGUGGGAAGAUGACAGCUCUGCCUCUGUUUUUUUGGUGUUAUGCAGGACCAUUGGUGGCUGACGGGGGAGUAAGAAGGGCUGGCAGUGGGCAGGUGGCAAGAGGCCUCUGUGAGGGUCUCACGGGGAUGCUUGUUGGCUCAAGGCUGCUGAGCCAUUCCCACAUCAGAGGCGAGAAGGCCGGUGACCAUGUGAUCUCACACCUGGUCCACAGGGGAACACCCCCCAUGCAAUUACAAAUGCCAGAAUUAUGUCUGGGGGAGGACAGGACACAGAGAGCCCAGCACAGGCUUCAGGUACAGCGUCUGUGAAACAGCAUCCCUCGCCCUUACAGUCUCAGUUCAGCUGCGGUGUCCCAAUUCUUUGUUACAACAACUGUGCAUGAAAAUACCUGUGUUUUGCUAGGACACUUUUGCUGCCUGUACAGAAAAUAACAGCAGCAGAUGUGUAGAAAUCUGCUCUCUGUUCCUACUCAAAUGCUGUGCCUCAAGCCAGUGCUGCCAGCCACUCUUCAGCAGGCACACAAAAUGACACUAAACAAAAAGCACCUCUACCCCAGCCCCAUGCAUGUGCACACGUUGUCUUUGGUGGGUGAGGAGCGAAAAUGCUCUGGGGGUGACCCUCUCUGCUAGUGAGUGGGGCUGAGAAGUCCUGGUGCUCAGGACUGUGACUUUUGGCCAAGAGGGUGCUGACAGGGAGGUCGUGACAUGGUGGAGGGUUGUGGCCCUUCCCCACCCACAAGAGAUGCCAGAUAUUACAGAGCAAAGGCAUCUCCCAUAGAAGCAAGGAGGAAAAGUCACCUCCUCUCUCCCAGAAUACGCAGGGGAUGCCACUGCGGCUACCGUGGGUACUCAGCCAACAGCUCGGUGAAUGCUGAAACGCAUUAAAACUUAUUUCCAGUGGA